AUGUCAGAUGCUAUAUCCAACCUUGGUGGUGGUGGUCUCUCUACACCAUUUUUAGCCAAUCUUGCGACCUCCCUGAACUACGCGGCUGGGUUUGUAGUGACUCUUUUUGGAGGGCCAUUGAUCAACAAGAUAGGUAUCAAAUGGUCUUGUUUCCUUGCAGCAUUGACCAUGCCUCUUGCUGGCUCCGGGUAUUAUGUGAACGCACGAUAUGACGUCGAUUGGUACCUCUUAUUCUCCAGGGUAUUGGGAGGCCUUUUCAACGGCUUCCUUUAUGUUGGGGAGACCACUGCAAUGCUAUCAUAUCCAGACCAAAACGAUAGAGGUCUUUUUCUAGGCAUCUGGUCCGCAAUGAGAAAUACUGGCAGCAUCGUAGGAGGUGCGAUUAACUUUUCAACAAACUAUACAACCUCCUCCGCUGGUGGCAUUGCCUGGUCUACAUACCUUAUCUUCGUCGGCUUUGAAUGUACAGGUGUAAUUUGGGCUCUUAUGCUCUCGCCCACCAGAAAAGUUCGACGCCGGGACGGCUCCACCGUUGCUAUCUCUGAGGAUAUCACAUGGGCACAGGAGUUCAAGGCGUUGUGGAAGCACCUCCAGCGCAAAAAGACUUGGCUGGUGUUUUUCCCAGCCUUCUACUCCUUCUUCUACGGCGGAACCAUGGGAACCUUCCUCUCACUACAUUUUAGCGUCCGCGCACGUGCAUUGUCGUCUCUCAUCACUCCAACCAUAACUAUUCCGAUGGUCAUUGGAUAUGGAAAACUCUUGGACCAAUCUCGCUGGUCUCAGAUCAGCCGUGCGUGGCUGGGAUUCUCAAUCUGGGUUAUUCCUCAAGCUGCAUGCUUUAUCUGGCUGGGCAUCGAAUAUCACAAGUUUGGUGCUGAGAAAGCUGCACUUGACUACGGCCUGUGGGCAGAAGCCUAUCUUCCCUAUCUGUUCGUCUUCAGCUCUGGAUAUCUAUGCCAGCUCUCGCUAUAUUGGAUUCUCGGAACAUUUUCGAUCGAUGUCAGGUCAUCCGCACGCACGGGUGGUAUCUUCCGAGCCUUCGAGACCCUUGGUCAAACUGUUUCGUAUUCUAUCAACACCAACAAAUCUGCAGACCCCCGACAUGCCUUUUAUAUCAACUGUGCUUUGUUGGCCGUUACCAUUCCAUGCAUGGUAGGUCUAAUUCGCAUGGUUCCAGAAGUUCCAGCCAAUCAUGACGUCGACAUCGAGGGUCCUCGAUCCCGCGAGACAGUAGUGGAAACGGAGGACAAGGUCAGGACAGUGUGA